AUGCCCUCCACACACCAGCGCGCAGGAUCUCGUUUGCCUGAUAUGUGCUUCGAGGUAGCCCGUCCACCGAGCGAAGAAAGAAGGAAUCUUCUGAAACGUAGCAUUAACUGCCUACACUACCAACAUAGAUGCUCAACGAGGUGGGCCGCCACAGGUCAUUGCAAGGAUGAUAUGGAAGGAAUCUGCGGGUAA